GGACCCUUCCAUCCUCACCCUGCCUCUGCUCAAUCGCAUUUUACUCAAUGGGCGGGUCGGUUAACUUAACAAAGAAGAGGAAACGGGUGGAGGAAGAGCGGGGGGAGAAGUUGUCAAAAGCAGGCCCCGCAAUUGGCUCUUCAAACUCCUCUGAGGUGAAAAAGGUCAAGAAUUCAUCGAAACCCCGAUCGAAACCACCAACGAGAUCAGCAAGAGCGCAGCCUCAUUCCAAGCAACAGACAAAGGGUCAAGGCGAAUUGGGCUCUGAUAUUGGUGAAGAUGGGGAUGUUGGAGGCUCUGGGGAUGAGGAUGAUACCUCUGCUCAAGACUCUAAGGUCUUCACGGAUUUGAAACUGUCAACUGAAAUACUCAAUUCGAUAUCUUCUAUGGGUUUGACAGAACUGACCGGCAUCCAACGUAAAACUAUACCUUUGCUGUUGGCUGGAAAAGAUGUGAGUUUGAAAUUUUCCCCACCCGCCAAUUUUUUGGUCAACUCUCCCUCAACCGGCACCGCUUAUGCAUUUGGUAGGUCAUAGCGUUAUCCAAGCCUGGUAGUGGGAAAACUCUCGCCGUGCUUGCAUCAAUUAUCUCCCUGGUUACAUCCCGCAAUGUGAAGCCACGUAAUGGCACUGUCGCUAUCGUCCUGACCCCGACCCGUGAAUCCGCUCUUCGACUGCUGGGCGUCGCAUCAGAACUCCUCUCCAAUGCACCUCAAACUCUUGGUAUAGUAACCGACGGAUCAAACAUUCGUCCCGAGAUCGAGAGGCUGGCGAACGGGGUGAAUAUCUUGAUAGCCACUCCUCGCCGACUCUUGGAGCAUCUCAACACUACUCCUGCUUUCGUGAUCCGAAAUCUCAAGAAUCUUGUCGUUGACGAUGCGGAACGUAUUGCGGCUCUGGCAGGGGUACAAGAUAUCUUGGCCAAUAUUGGCAGGGUUCUUCCCAAGAAGAGGAAGACAGCAUUGUUCUCUGCUGACACCAUCGAUGAAACCGUUGUUGAAACCUUGCAUUUCAGGUCCCCGCACCGGGUGCAAGCUGAUGAUCAAGCCGAGCAACAGCCUGAACCCGCUGAGGGUCAGGUGCAGGGGUAUGUUCUGAUAAAGCCAGAGAAGCGCUUCCUGCUUCUUCACUCUUUCCUGAAGAAGUUUUCACGAAAGAAGAUUAUUGUUGUCUUCUCAUCAACAUCUGCUGCCCGAUACUAUGCGGAGCUUUUGUCCAUCCUUGGGUUGAAGGUCUGCCAGGUUCAUGCGAAACAGACCACACAACAACGAGCGAGUAACUAUUCUAGGUUCAAAGCAACCCAGGAAGGUGUUCUUAUCUGCACUGAUGCUAUUUUUCGCUGUCAUGAGGUGGCUCCAUUUCUUUUGCGGCCCGGAUCUCGCUUCCUUGCUGACCAUCUUUUGGCAGAACCCUGCUGUAGACUGGAUAAUUCAGUACGACCCUCCCGAGGAUCCGCGAGAGUAUAUUAGUCGUUUGGGCCGUUCUGGCGGGAGCCGAAGUGUGAUAUUUCUACUACCUGACGAACUGGUGUUUGUCGGACAUCUUAAGGAAGCGAAGGUAGAAACCGAAGAGUUUGAGUUUUCGUCGAAACAGUUGGUGAAUGUCCAGGGUCAGCUUGAGAAGCUGGUAUCAAAGGAUUACCAGCUACAUUGUUUGGCGAAAGAUGCCUUUAGGUUUGUAUACGCCUUUAUUUCCAUCUAUCUGCCUAUAUUCCUCAUAUCUCCUGCAUGGUUCUCUACCCUUCACUUCUUUCCUUGGAGUCCUAAGUGAUGAGAAAAAAUUGGUCCGUGUUGAUGAGGCGGAUUAAGACCCCGCUACACGAUUACUUCCAAAAUAGGCAAACGCUCUGAUCCUCCUUGUUUCCUUUUCCCUCUCUUCUCUCUCUUUUCGCCAACUGCAUACAUGCCUAGCUCCCUUCCAUUGACAUACACCCCCAGAUCAUACCUUAAAAACUAUGCCUUACACGCCCUCCCCUCCAUAUUCGACUACUCAAAAUUAGACGUUGCCAAAGCCGCAAAAAGCUUCGGCUUCGACACACCGCCCAGAGUAGACGUGCAUCCCGACGAAGCCAAAGACAGGGAUAAAGGGAGGAUGACCUACGCGCCACCAAAGCCCGGCGCAUUCCCUGGUAAGGUCAUCAGACGGAGAGCUACCGCUGUAUAAUUUAAUCAUGUAAAUAAUGGCGUUAUUCUUUUUACUUUUACCCC